AGUGUGAAGUGCGACCCCUAGCUCGUCUCUCUCUUCGUCUCUGCUCUAGAUAGAGAAAUUGAUGAUAUCUGAAGACUUCAAGGUGUUGGUAUCCUCAUGGCUGGAACAGAUGAUAUAACUAAUGAUGAUAUUGAAAGCCGCCAAGUGAUGUUGUUAGAGGUGGAACAGAGGAACAGCACAAUACUAAGGGAGAAAAAUGAUUUAGAAAGACGAGCUGACAAGGUCAUAUCUGAACUGUCCAACAAUAUCCUCUUUCUUUUUGCAUUCAUGGGAGGAAUUAGCAUCUACCUAACCAUCAAAAUACCAACUGCUACUGCCUUUGCCAUCUCUAUUCUAUUGAUGUGUUUAUUUUUGGCCGGAACAUUCAUUCUCGUCGGCAUGGCAAAAUCAAGGAUUACACUAAUGAACGCGUUCAUCGAGGGUUUUACAGAAAGAUAUAAAAAGGUGAGAGAAGACGCAAAGACGCAACAAUUCUAAUGGAAUUGGAACAGAACAGGAAAAGAUGGCUAGCAGCUAAUGUUGUGGAUAACAGUGAAGGUCUUGUCAUGAGCAUGGAUUUUUUUAUUGACAGAGCUAAGAAUAUUUCUGAUGCUAUAGAUUUUUCUGACUUUGAGAAACAUUAUUAUAAGUUGAUCAAUUUGUCUUGGGUGCUCGGAGGUAUCUACAUUCCUGUUGUGCUGGUCCUGUCAUAUUUCAACUAUUACUACAGACAGGAUUCCUCGUCACUUGAUGAGGCAAGAAGUACAUGGAGCAGUGGAUGUUGUCUCUUUAAAAAUUAUCAAUAUGGUGCACUGCUGUCUGCCUAGAUUAUGAUUCUCAAACCAGGGGCUGGUGCUGUCUUUUGAUGUAUGAGAUGUUCAAGUUCAUCAGUAUUAGUAGUGGCAGCAGAUCAGUAUUUGCAUUAGACGAUAUAUAAAUACUUGAGUUUUGUCGUGGCAGUGAUCUUUGCUUUUGGCUGAAAAAUGCAAAACAUUAUCAUAUCAAUUGCUGUUGGAAGGGGUAGGGGAAUUGUGGAUUGACUUAUCAGCCUACUGCUGUUGUAAAUAAAAGCCUCCAUCUCCUGAAAACCAGACAACUGAAACGUCAUUGAUUAUAUCUUGAUUACAGAUUAAAAUCACUAGUAUGUUGACUUA